CGGCCGGGCUCAAGUACCUCAUCCGCGCCGCCUUCGUGUACGGCAACUACGACGGCCUCAAGAAGCCCCCCGUAUUUGACCUCUACAUCGGCGUCAACUUCUUGACGAUGGUGAACAUCACGGGGCUCGACGGUGCGGCGCUGGAGGAGGCCAUCGUCGUCGUGCCGGAUGACUUCGUGCAGGUCUGCCUGGUGAACACCGGCACCGGGACACCGUUCAUCUCCGGCUUGGACCUGAGGCCUCUCAAGAGCACGCUCUACCCGCAGGUGACCGAGACGCAGGGCCUGUCCUUGUUCGGUCGCUGGAACUUUGGCCCGACUAGUAAUACCGAAAUCAUCAGGUACCCCGACGAUCCACACGACAGAGAAUGGGUGCCUUGGAUCAAUCCCUUCGACUGGACCGUGAUAUCAACGACGACGAUGGUGCAAAACAUAGAAAAUGACAUAUUCGAGGCGCCGUCGCGGGUGAUGCAGACGGCGAUUACGCCGCGGAACGCCUCUGGUAACAUUGAGUUCGCUUGGGAUGCCUACACGCAGCCGAAGGAUCCGACGCCGGGGUACAUCGCCAACUUCUACUUCACGGAGGUGCAGCUCCUCCCCAGCAACGCCUUGCGCCAGUUCUACAUCAACCUCAACGGCAGGUUGGUGUAUAAUGAGAGCUACACGCCGUUGUACCUCUAUGCUGACUUAAUCUACGAGAAAAAACCCUUCCUACGAUACCCCGAGUACAACAUCUCCAUCAACGCCACCUCCAACUCGACGCUGCCACCGAUCAUCAACGCCAUCGAGGUGUUCUCCGUAAUGCCCACAAUCAAUGUCGCCACGGAUUCCGAGGACGCCUCUGCCAUGAUGGCUAUCAAGGUAAAGUAUCAGGUGAAGAAGAACUGGAUGGGUGAUCCGUGUGUUCCGAAGACACUUGCUUGGGAUAGUUUGACCUGCAGCUAUUCCACUUCCAUCCGUCCAAGAAUCACUAGCCUAAAUCUGUCCUCAAGUGAUCUAAGGGGUGAUAUAUCGUCUUCCUUCGCGAAUCUCAAGGGAGUCCAAUACUUGAAUUUGUCAAACAACAAUUUGACAGGCUCAAUUCCAGAUGCCCUUUCACAAUUACCUCUAUUGUCAGUCUUAGAUUUGGCAGGAAACCAGCUCAGUGGAUCAAUUCCAUCUGGACUUCUCAAAAGAAUUCAAGAUGGCUCCCUAGAUCUAAGAGACGGAAAUAAUCCAAACUUAUACACCAAUGGCAAUUCAUGCAAGCUUGUGAAAAGGAACAACAAGUUAGUGAUCUACAUAGUUGUUCCCAUAGUUCUGGUUAUGGUGAUAGUACCAAUAUAUCUAAUACUCUUUUACCUGAAAAGAAAAAGGCUAGGACCAAGGAGCAAUUCCACAGAACCACAAAAUGAGAAGGCAGAGUAUGCUUCGAAAAAUCGUGGCCACAUGCAUAGUUCAUCACUACAGCUUGAGAACCGUCGGUUCACAUACCGGGAACUAGAGAUGAUGACAGACAACUUCCAGCUAGAGCUUGGAAGGGGAGGGUUUGGGUGUGUCUAUGAUGGGUUUUUGGAGGAUCACACUCGAGUGGCAGUCAAGUUGAUGUUUAAAAACUCUAAGCAAGGAGACAAGGAGUUCCUUGGAGAGGCACAGAUUUUAACCCGGAUUCAUCACAAGAAUCUUGUUUCCAUGAUUGGAUACUGCAAGGAUGGGGAUAACAUGGCACUUGUUUAUGAGUACAUGUCAGAAGGAACUCUACAAGAACACAUUGCAGUACCUAAAAUAUUUAGAUUCUACGUGCAUGGUAUGGUACAACAGCUCCAAAAUUGA